CUGCCAUCUGCUUCAUCAACAUAAGUUCGCAACGCCGAUCGAGUUGUUCGAUUGAGAGGGUAAUCUGUGCAUCUACGGCAUGGGACGAACACCUUGCUGUGAUAAGAGUGGGUUGAAGAAGGGGCCAUGGACACCUGAAGAGGAUCAGAAGCUCAUCGACUACAUACAGAAGCAUGGACAUGGGAGCUGGCGAACUCUUCCGAAGAAUGCUGGUCUUGCGAGGUGUGGGAAGAGCUGCAGGCUCAGAUGGACGAACUAUCUAAGGCCCGACAUUAAAAGGGGAAGGUUCUCAUUCGAAGAGGAGGAGACGAUAAUUCAAUUACAUAGCAUAUUGGGGAACAAGUGGUCGGCGAUCGCUGCUCGGCUGCCCGGAAGAACCGACAACGAGAUCAAGAACUACUGGAACAGUCACAUCAAGAAAAGGCUUAUCAGAAUGGGGAUUGAUCCCGUCACUCACACCUCUCUUUUGAACGCCUCCUUGUGUAAUCCUACACUACUGAACCUGUGUGGAUUACUUGGUCUUCAUCCUCUGAUCAAGACCGAGCUCAUGAGGAUAUCCACAAACAUCUUGGCAUCCCAGAGUCAAAGUCCAAGCCUUGUUAACCAAAGCAUCCAAGGCCAACAGUACUUGCCGCAUGAUGCACAAGCUCAACAGCAUUUGGAGCUCUUCCAAAACCAACAGCUUCAGAAUCAAACAUUGCUAAACGCUCCAUUCCCGGAUGGAGGCCAAUUCCAGGAAGCUGCUGACACCAACUUGUGGCAUGACAUUGUCAUCUCAGACACUCAUCUCAUGAACGUGACGGGGGUUGACAAUAACAACUUGGAGGCUUCUAUUCCCGGUUUGGUCUCGGAUAGCUUCUGCAUUAGUGGGAACAACAGCCAGAACUACAAUCUGGCAUCUAUCUUAUCAACACCUGCUUCAAGUUCAGACAAUAUGAUCAGCUCCCCACCAUCGACAUACAUGAACAGCAACACCGAGGACGAAAGGGACAGCUCCUGCAGCGAUAUCUACGAUUUUCAAAUUCCGGAUCUGUUGGAUGUAAGUGACUACAUGUAGAAAAGGCAGAUGUGUGAAAGAGGAACAAGAGAAGAACAAGAGCCAAUUACGAAGAGAGAGACGAAGAUCAUACAGAUCGUGCGGAAGGAAAAGAAGUAGAAGAAGAAGAAUGUGUACAAAAUGUGAAUGAAAGUCAUGUUUUCACUUCUUUCUUUCUUUCUUUUUUUCUUUUUUUUUAUUAUCCUUUGUAGAGCCAUUCAGUGGGUCAUUGUUAAAUGUGUUUGUAAUCAGUUCCUAUUGAAAAGAUCUCCUUUCUCCAUUUUAUUUUCA